AUGGUAUUUGCUAAAAAUGACGUUGAUUAUUCAUUAUAUCUGGUGACUGACUCCACCAUGCUUCCACCGGGAACCACUCUGUGUUCUCAGGUUGAAGCUGGUUUGAAAAAUGGGGUGACACUGGUUCAAAUUCGUGAAAAGGACACUGAGACAAGGGAUUUUGUCGAGGAGGCUUUGGAGGUGCAAAAGAUAUGUAAAAAGUACAAAGUUCCCUUAAUCAUCAAUGAUCGUGUAGAUGUCGCUAUGGCAAUUGAUGCUGAUGGUGUACAUGUGGGCCAGAGCGACAUGCCAAUCCCAAUGGUUAGAAAACUUUUGGGCCCUUCUAAGAUACUUGGCUGGAGUGUCGGUAAACCCUCUGAAGUGGAGACAUUAGCUAAAUGGGGCCCAGAUAUGGUAGAUUAUAUUGGUGUUGGUACGCUUUUCCCAACACUGACAAAGAAAAAUCCUAAGAAAUCGCCAAUGGGUCCUCAAGGCGCGAUCGCUGUUUUGGAUGCGUUGGAAGAAUUUAAGGCUAUAUGGUGCAGGACCGUCGGUAUCGGCGGUCUUCACCCUGAUAAUAUUCAGCGGGUUAUUUGCCAAUGUGUUUCUUCAAAUGGGAAGAGAUCGUUGGACGGUAUCUCGCUGGUCAGUGACAUUAUGGCCGCACCUGAUGCCUGUGCAGCCACUAAGAGAUUGAGAGGGCUGCUGGAUGGGUCCAAGUAUCAAUUCGUUGAUUGCAAAUUAAACGAAACGUUUCCUACCACGGCUUCCAUUCAAAGUGUAAUCUCUCAAGUUUCAAGUAAUCGUCCUCUCGUGCAACACAUCACUAAUAAGGUCCAUCAAAAUUUUGGAGCCAACGUUACUCUCGCUCUAGGCUCAUCUCCAAUCAUGUCUGAAAUCGAAAGCGAAGUAUCUGAAUUAGCAAGAAUCCCCAAUGCCUCCCUACUUUUGAAUACUGGAUCAGUCGCGCCUAUUGAGACGUUGAAAGCAGCAAUCAAUGCUUAUAACGAGGUAAACAGACCUAUAACUUUUGAUCCAGUCGGAUACAGCGCCACUGAAACAAGACUCUGCUUAAACAACACUUUGCUCACUUAUGGUCAAUUUACUUGCAUAAAGGGUAACUGCAGUGAAAUACUAUCCCUAGCCAAGUUAAAUAAGGAUAGAAUGAAAGGUGUUGAUGCCAAUAGCGGAAAUAUGGACAUCAAUUUACUUGUACGCGCCACUCAAAUUGUGGCAUUUCAAUACAGGACUAUUGCUGUCUGCACAGGUGAGUUUGAUUGCGUUGCUAAUGGUAUUUUUGACGGUAAAUACAAACUCUCAUCGGGUACAGCAGGCAUUACCGCUGAAGAUCUUCCCUGUAUGAUAAUUGAAGACGGUCCGAUUCCUAUUAUGGGUGACAUAACCGCAAGUGGAUGUUCACUCGGUUCUACCAUUGCUUGUUUCAUUGGUGGGUUGAAUUCUACUGGGAACCUUUUUGAUGCAGUUGUUGGUGCUGUCCUGCUAUACAAGUCGGCCGGGAAACUAGCCUCUACUCGUUGCCAAGGGAGUGGUUCGUUCCAUGUCCAAUUGAUCGACGCAUUGUACCAAUUAUUCCACGAAAAUAAACCAGAAAGUUGGUCUGCUUCCUUAAAGAAAUUCAAUUAA